GGCGGCAGUGUGGAACGAAUAAGUGGUAGCAGUCGUAUAAGCACGACCAAUUCCGAAGAUACUGCUAUCCGAAUGGAUUCGCAUGAUAUGCCUCGUCCAUAUACAGCCGGCACAGCCGAUAGUGGUUGUCCAGAGGAUGCUGCUCGAAGUAAUGAAGCUGCUGCUGCUCAUGCGCCAUCGAUAAUCCCAGAAUCGUGCAGCUUUCCCACCAGUAAAGAUGAGAUUUUAUCUGCAGCAACUGAACGUUUUUAUAACGAGCAUGUUACACGUAAAGGUUAGGGAAUUUUUCGAUCGAAACGAUUUCGGCAAGUGGAAGUUACGGAUCAUCUACUGCCCGCGGUUCGAAUAAUGUAUCAGACGAAACGACCCCUCGGGGUUUUCCGAACUGGCGUGAAAAACAACACAAAGAAAUCACAAGAAUCCACCGCUGGUACCACCAAGGAAGAGCAGCAUUUAGCAAAAAAGCUAAAAGAUUUGAUUGCUAAUAUUGAUAUCGCAAGCGAAGACCGUCGUCAAGAAUACGAACGACUCGAACGACUUUUCGGUGAAGUUCUCGAGGAAAACGAACAAUUUCAUAAGCAGUUGGGCGAAAUGAGGGAACGAGUGGAGCAGCUGGAGCGUGAGGAACAGGCCCAGAAAGAGAAUCAUUUCCAAAAUCAACAGCUGGAGAAGCAGCGAAAUGCCGAUUAUGAACGACUGAAAACGCAAAAUGCACUCCUCAAUCUAAGACAGAAGAAAAAAGAUGACAGUGAAAGUGAUGUUGUAAGACUUCUAAAAGAGCAGGUCCCAAUUUUUUGUCGUUUUUUCGGGGUUCUUGAAAUCGAGAACAGUGAAUUUUUCGCGCAUUAUUGA